CCGGGCUCCACCCCUUCGCUCCUUGAUCAGGGCGCACGCCUGUCCCAGCCCAGAGCUGCUCAGGAGUGCGUAGCGGCAGGCUCCGGCGAGACGAUGGACAACGCGCAGUUCCCCUUCCCGGCCCUCAGCCAGCCCUUCCCGCAGCACAACUACCAGCACCUGAAGGAAGAGCAUGAGAUCGGCGUGGUAUCGCCCGGGGCCGCCGUCACCUCCACGGUCAUCAGCAUGCAACCCUACCAGCCCCCGCCCCGCGACCACGUCCUCUGGUCCGUCUUCACCACCCUCUACUUGAACUUCUGCUGCCUCGGCUUCAUGGCGCUGGUCUUCUCCGUCAAGGCCAGGGAUCGCAAAGUCGUUGGUGAUGUCAGUGGCGCGAGCAGCUAUGGCUCCACUGCCAAGUGCCUGAACAUCCUGGCCCUGGUCCUGACCCUUCUCACAGUCAUCCUCAUCAUCAUCCUCCUGGCAGCAGGGGUCAUCGCGGUCUCUCAUGGAAUUCACGGAGUCUAGCACCACGGCAGCUGGCCACAAAGGGGAUGUCCUGGCUAUUAUGCCUCUCUCUGGGCAGGGUUCCCCUUGCCACACUUCUGACGUCCAUCUCCAGCUCUGUUUGCUCCCUUACGACUGGUGCCUGGCCAUCUACUGCUGUUUCCAGAGCUGGGGAAGGCAGGGCUCUCCUCCUGGCCUCAGAGUGGCACGCUAGCUGUGAUCCUACAUCACAUGCAUCCUAGAAGUGCCCUCCCCUGCCCUCCUUUCCACCAGACACGCUGAGGCACACGGAUUUGUUCUGUAGGGGACCUUUCCCACACCACCACCCUACCACUGAUGAUGACUGGCCCAUGCUCACUACACAGCCCUUCAGCUGCUGGGCUGUUUGCUGGAUACCCGGCAGGGCAUGGGAGAGUGCUAAUGAGAGCCGGCCCUUCUUGGCCCAAAGAAAAGGGGUGGGUGCCGCCACCCUGUGGAGGAGGAUGUUUCACUCUCUUUCUGGGGAGGCAGGCACUUGUAGAGCCACGUGCCAGGGGAAUGGGGCUCAAUAAACAUACCUUUCUCUCUUGUA